GUAAAGUUGACUAAAUAAAUACAAACAAAACAACAAGCCCCAAAAACCAUGGAGGAAAUUAAACUACGAUGUCGUACUUGUUUAAAAAGCAAUACUAAAUUAUGCUCACUAUUCAAAUUGAUUCCCAAAUCGAAUCCUUCCCAGACAUAUGACCAGUUUUUAACAGAAUAUACACAACUCGAGCUCACUAUGGAACAAAAAGCUAAAAUGCCACAAGGACUUUGCAUGAUUUGUUGUGGUCAAUUUCAUCGCAUGUACAAGUUUAUUAACCAAAUUAAAGAGUGCAAUCACAAACUCAUGGUCAUGAUAACUGAUAAUCAAUUGGACUGUUUACAAGAAGAUGUCAUAGAUAUUCCAAGGGAAGAUGCCGUAGAAAAUAUAGAACAAUGUCGAGACACAAUAAAUACUAACAGAAAUCAAUGUGAUAAAGGUGAAAUCGACACAAUAGAUGAGCCUAACAUAUCGAAGGACCAUGUUCGCACUAUCCCAGAAGUAGCAAUCUCAAAUAAUUAUAAAACAACAGUUGGCCGGCUACAGUAUGAAGAGCACACAGAAAUUCUGAAUUUAAACCAAUAUAAACGUAGUACUUAUAAAGACAACGUAGAAGCAGAUGUCAGUAAUUCUCAGGCAGAAUUAAAUUUCCAUGAUUUGAACUCCGAGAAAAUGUGUGCCCGGUUUGACGGCAAUUCUUUAAAAUGUUUCAAUUUGGAUAAAUCUCUGAUAGACAUAUCUUGUCCACUCUGUGCAAAAGCAUUCAAAAGACCCUACCUUCUAAAACAUUUGCGCAAGCUACAUGGUAUAGAUCAACCUAGCGCUUUUAUGAGACAACACUUGGAAAUCGCUACAAAAACCUCAAAGGAUAGUUAUAAACUUUUUGAGUGCCAGCAAUGUGCUUAUGUAGCCAAAAGCAAACCGGCCAUUAACUACCACAAUCGUACAAAACACCCUACCGAAGAGGAUAAGUUCAAAUGUAAAUUUUGUUCCUUCGAAUCACUGAAAAAAUUGGAUUUGGUAGAGCAUAUUAGGAAUGAACAUAGAAUCGAAUUUAAAGCUUUGAAACGGAAUGUGAAACAGAGACAAGAAAAUGGUAAAUUUUCAGCUUGUUCUGAAUCAGAGGAUGAUGUUGCAAAUCUAGAAAUAGCACCCAAUGAACAAAAUUCUCCCUAUUCAAGUGAAAAUGAUGAUGAGUUCAUAAAAGAUAUGAUAAAUAUCGAAAGAAAGCAUUUAAAGUCAAAUGUAAUAGAUGGUAGACCCAUCAGUACGUUGGCAAGAACAUGUGAUGAUUGCGGUAACGUUUAUAAAGAUUUUCCCUCGCUGUAUGCUCACAAACGUUUUGUACACAUCAGCGAGGAUAUGUACAGUGCAUGUGUGCAUUGUGGCAGAAAAUAUAAACGUAGCAGAGAUUUAAAAAAUCAUAUAUUACAAAUACAUCCCACUGAAACGCACAUAGAAGUUAUUAAAGAUCAUACUGCGAGAUCAGAAGAUACGGCUAAACGUUUUAUGUGUUCGCAAUGUAACUAUGCAUCAACAACUACAACACAUUUGAAACUUCAUAUACGACGCCAUCAUACUGGUGAAAAGCCAUAUGUUUGUGAAAUUUGUGGUAAUUCAUUUUUAACAUCAUAUGAUUUGAAAAAACAUAGUUAUUUGCAUACGGGAGAAAAACCUUACAAGUGUCCAAUAUGCCCGAAAUCGUUUCGUGUUAGUUCGAAGCUAAUAAAACAUAAACGGGUGCAUACCGGCGAGAGACCUUUUAAGUGUAACGAAUGCGGAAAAGGAUUUACCCAGGAAUACAAUUUAUCAGUACAUAAACGUACCCAUCUAAAACAGCAGAAGACAAAUCAAUGUCUUCCAACGUAAUAUGGAGAUUUUAGUGUAUUAAAUUUAGAUAUAUUUUUCUUGCAAAGAAAUAAAAAUAAUUUUCGACUGGCUUAGAUUAUGAAUCAGGUAAAUCGAUAUGUAGAAGUUAUGUAAAUAAAUGAAAUCAUGAAUAUUAAAUCUGUAUUUUAAUAGAAAGUCCUAUAAUACACCCAUGUAAAAUAUGUGUCGAUCGGAUCAAAAUUAACCAGGAUAUAUAAGUGUAUAUUAAGUAAAGGAUAUUUACUCUGUUGUUUAACAUUUCGCUGCUAAGUGAAAGAUAUUAAUGCGCUAUCAACUUAAUGUGAAUGCUGGGAAUGUAUGGCAUGGGUAGACAAAACCGAUGUCAAACAUGUUUUUAAGUCGGCAUCAAAUUACAGUCCAUCACCAUAAAGACAAAAGUGAUGGAUGUUAAUAAACUUUACAUCGAAAUUAUACAU